AUCAGCAUAACAAACAGCAGCCUGCACUGUGACGUCUGAAGAGCAAGUGUUUCCGACGGUGCUUGAACGCAGCGCGCAGACAGAUGUCGUCGCCAGUCCGCAGCAGGAGGAGCAGGAGGCGCAGGAGGAGAAAUCUCAGCCCCUGGAUGUAACUGACGGCUGCUACCGACCUGGAAGUUUCCUCCGAACCGACAUGUGCUCCUCCGAACACCGGAGGCCGCCUGCUCUCAACUCCCUGUCACUCUGAGAAAGUUUCACACCUCCCUCCGACUCCUGGAGGAGAAGCGGCUCGUGCUCUCUCCGUGUUCCGGACUAAACUCCAUCCAUGCUCGGCUCGGCUCGGACCGGAUCCAGCGGGAUGUGAGGGUUUUCUUGUUUUUGUUCAGCGAGGAGAAGAAGCAAGCGAACCCCUCAGAGGAGUUAGUUUAAGUCACCCGGAGGUGCGCUCGGGCCGAAGUUAUGAAAAUGACCGGAGCCACGGAAACUUCUUUCAAACUGGCUUUGAAGAAACCGCCCUCGCUGCGGAGCACAGAGGACCUUCACACCAUCUACUUACACCUCUACCAUAUGGACGUCCUCUCUAACCUCAGGGAACACCAGCUAAGGUCGAUGUGCACCUCAGGGAGAUACGAGAGACAUGAUGCUAACCACGUCCUGUUCUACCCAGACAGCAUCGCUACCUGUUGGUACAUCCUGCUCUCUGGAUCAGUGUUCGUCAAGGAGCACAUGUACCUGGCAAGGUGCUGUUUUGGCAAGCAGCUGGGCGGCAGACGAGGCUGUGAAUGCAUCACUUUGGAGCCGUCAGAAAUGAUUGUGGUGGAUAACGGCAGUGAGGGGGACGACAGUUUACUGCAGAGAGAGGGGUCCCAGCGGAGGUCCAGACGCCGCUUCAGGAGGGUCAACCCCCGGGGAGAGAGGGAACUCAUCACUGACGGCCAAGAGCCGGCCAGCUACAACACGCUUCCUGCUGACCUCAAUAAGAUGCACCUGACAGACCACGCCCACCAGCAGGUGAUGCACAUGCCUCCCAGCCAAUCAGGAUGCAGCAUAGCCAGCGACUCGGGGAGCAGCAGUCUAUCAGAUAUUUAUCAGGCCACUGAGAGCGAGCUGGGAGAUGUGGACCUGUCUGGACUUCCAGAGGCUGCGGUGGACAGCGAGGAAGAGGAGGAGGAGGAUGAGGACCUGGAGAGAGCUUCCGACACUCUUUUGGGUCGAGAUCUCGUCCGGGAGUGUCUGGAAAAAGACCCGGCCGACCGCAACGAUGAUGACAUCGAGCAACUGCUGGAGUUCAUGCACCAGCUACCCGCCUUCGCAAACAUGACCAUGUCUGUGCGGAGGGACUUGUGCAGCGUCAUGGUGUUUGAGGUAGUGGAGCAGGCUGGCACGGUCAUACUGCACAACAAACAAGAGCUGGACCUCUGGUAUGUUAUCCUGAAUGGGGCGGUUGAGAUCAGCCACCCAGAAGCAAGAGUGGAGACUCUUUGUAUGGGCAACAGUUUCGGGAUCUCACCCUCCUUGGACAAACAGUACAUGAACGGAGAAGUUCGCACCAAGGGGGACGACUGUCAGUUUGUGUGCAUCGCCCAGGAGGACUACUGGCGCAUCCUCAACCAUGUGGAGAAGAACAUGCACAAGGUGGAGGAGGAGGGGGAGAUCGUGAUGGUGAAGGAGCACCGUGAACUGGACCGCAGCGGGACCAGGAAGGGACACAUCGUCAUCAAGGGAACCCCGGAGCGUCUGAUCAUGCACCUGGUGGAGGAGCCGUCGGUGGUCGACCCCACGUACAUCGAAGACUUCCUGCUGACCUACAGGACCUUUCUGUCAAAUCCCAUGGAGGUCGGCAGGAAACUGCUGGAGUGGUUCAAUGUGGACAGUCUCCGGGACACGGUCACGAGAAUAGUGCUGCUGUGGGUCAACAACCACUUCAAUGACUUUGAGGGGGACCCGGCAAUGACACGCUUUCUGGAGGAGUUUGAGAAAAAUCUAGAAGUAUCGAAAAUGAAGGGCCAUUUGCGGCUCCUGAACAUAGCGUGCGCUGCCAAGGCUAAGUGGCGUCAGAUCACUCUGCAGAAGGCGUCCAGGGAGUCGCCGCUCUACUUCAGCGUGCAGGGCGGCAGCGAGCGAGGAUUCGGCAUCUUUGUGGAGUCGGUGGAGGAAGGGAGCAAGGCUGCAGAGGCUGGACUCAAGCGGGGAGAUCAGAUCAUGGAGAUCAAUGGUCAGAACUUCGAGAACAUCUCCUUCUCCAAAGCUGUUGACAUCCUGAGAAACAACACUCACCUCUCUCUCACGGCUAAGACCAACAUAUUUGUCUUCAAAGAGCUCCUCAGUAGAAUCGUGCAUGAGAAGAAGAAUGGCGUCCCUCAUAUUCCCAAGAUCCAGGAGAAAAAAGGGAACCGAUUCUCCAUCCCCGACCUUCCAGGGGACAUGGAGUUCUCUACGGACCACAAGAGCACCAGGAAAAUGAAGGCCAACACCGUAUCAGGAGGACGCAACAAGAUCCGGAAGAUGCUGGAGAAGACGCGCUUCACCAUCCUGCCACCCAAACCUUUCAGUGAUGGCGGCAUGGGUCAGUCCCAAGAUGACAGCAUUGUGGGAACCAAGCAGUGUCGCCACAGCGUGGCCAUCAUGCCCAUCCCCGGCAACCUGUCGUCCAGCAGCCCCGACCUGCUGCAGCCGGCCCCCAGCGUCCUCGACUUCUCCAACCCUGCAGCCCUUGGACUAUACUACAUCCCGGACCAGGUGAUUCGGGUGUUCAAGGCCGACCAGCAGAGCUGCUACAUCAUUAUCAGUAAGGACACGACUGCCAAGGAUGUGGUCACCCACACCGUCAAUGAGUUUGGCUUCCUCGCAGCCCCGGAGACCUACUCCCUGUGUGAGGUAUCGGUUAGCCCUGAGGGAGUCAUCAAGCAGCGGCGCCUGCCCGACCAGCUCUCCAAACUGGCUGAUAGGAUUCAACUCAACGGCAGGUACUACCUGAAGAACAACAUGGAGACGGAGACGCUGUGUUCGGACGAGGACGCCCAGGACCUCCUCAGGGAGAGUCAGAUCACUCUGCUGCAGCUCAGCACCAUGGAGGUCGCUGCUCAGCUCUCCAUGAGAGAUUUUGAGCUCUUCAGGAACAUCGAGUCUACCGAGUACGUGGACGACUUAUUUAAACUGGAAUCGUCAGUGGGCAGUAGAAAUCUGAAACAGUUCGAGGAGGUGAUCAACCAGGAGACCUUCUGGGUCGCCACGGAGAUCCUGAAGGAGCCCAACUCCAUGAAGAGGAUGAAGACCAUCAAGCACUACAUCAAGAUCGCCCUGCACUGCAGAGAGUGCAAGAACUUUAACUCCAUGUUUGCUAUCAUAAGCGGUCUGAACUUGGCUCCGGUGGCUCGGCUGCGGAGCUCGUGGGAGAAGUUGCCCAGCAAGUACGAGAAGCUGUUCAGCGACCUGCAGGACGUCUUCGACCCGUCCAGGAACAUGGCCAAGUACCGCAACACGCUGAGCAGCCAGAGCAUGCAGCCUCCCAUCAUCCCUCUGUUCCCGGUGGUCAAGAAGGACCUCACCUUUUUACAUGAAGGCAACGACUCCAGUGUCGACGGUCUCGUGAACUUCGAGAAGUUGAGGAUGAUCGCCAAGGAGAUCAGACAUGUGGUGCGGAUGACUUCUGCCAACAUGGAUCCCGCUCUCAUGUUCAGACAGAGGAAGAAGAGGUGGAAGAGUUUAGGGUCUCUGAGUCAGGGCAGCACCAACUCCAACAUGCUGGACGUGCAGGGCGGCGCCCACAAGAAGCGAGUGCGUCGCAGCUCGCUCCUCAAUGCCAAGAAGCUGUACGAGGACGCCCAGAUGGCCAGAAAGGUGAAGCAGUACCUGUCCAACAUGACGGUGGAGGCGGACGAGGAGAAACAUCAAAUCAUGUCCUUGCAGUGUGAGCCGAGCUACAGCACCUUGUCCAAGAACUUGAGUGAGAGACGUUCCACCAAGUCGGACAUGUCUCCGGUGUCUCUGCGGUCGGCUUUGCCCUCUGGGAAAACACAGAACCGGGUUUCACAAGUCCUUCAGGUCCAGGUCCCACUGAAUCCUCUACGAAAGAAGAGCACUGCCAAGGAUAUCGGCACAGCUAACUCCAAUUCUCCCAAAGUGGUGAAGAAACCUCCGGUGGGCUCUUCAGAGGAGUGGAGCACCAAGAGACCAUCUGACGACACCGUCUCCACCAUCUCCUCCCUUCACUCCAGCCCCACAGUGUCGCCGCAGGGCUCUCCACGCAAAGUAGGAGGCGUGGCCAAGUCCAUCAACUCCAGCCAGAUGAACCUGUCGGGAUCUUCGUCGUCACUGACCAGCGACGCCAGCACAAAGGCCGGCACUGUCAGCCUGCGCAGCUACGGCAUAGGUUACGCCCUGCUACCACAUGGUAAAGCAGACAACCUGUCGGACUCCAGCCACAGCGAGAUCUCCUCCCGCUCCAGCAUCUGCUCCGUGGACUCGGUGCCGGCUCCCGGGCUCGAGGACCGGUGUAACAGCAGUAACAGAACCUAUAGCGCCCCGGCUGCUGUCACUGCAGCAGCGACCGCUACGGCUGCUGCAGUCGCCGAGAGCACAGCAGCGACACAUGCACACUCUAUUGCUGAUUACAACCAGCCCAGCACAAGUUCGUCAUCGGCAGCGAGGGGAUAUGUGACGCGAGCCUCUACCUUCGCCUCGUCCAUCUCAACGGAGGAGCUGACCCCAGACCACACCUCUCUGGACUCGGUGGCCGACAGCGGCCGUGGCAGCUGGACGUCCUGCUCCUCCAACUCCCACGAAUCCUUCCAGAGCCUCCCCGUCUCCUCCUGCCGGCCCUGGGACCACGGCAUCCACGGGCUCUCCCUGCCGCACACGCACCUGGGCGGCUUCAAGACCACGCAGCUGACCGGGCCGAUACCGGAGGUCGAGGGCGCCGGUCACGCGCGGGCGACCGAGGGCGCUGCCAAGCAGCACGCCAGAGACUCCAGCUCGGAGCUGUCCAAUCAGUCGCGGCAGAGCUGGGCGUCGUCCAGCUCGCUGUCGGACACCUACGAGGGGAAUUACGGGACGAUAAAGCGGCGAAACACCUCAGAGCGCCCCUCCUCACCAAGCAACGAGGAAGGAGGUCAAAGCACAGACCCUGCCUACAAAACGGUGACAUCCAGCACAGACAAGGGCCUGAUAGUGUAUUGUAUCACCUCCCCCGCCAAGGAUGAGCGUUACCGUGCUCCCCCUCCCACCCCUCCAGGCUACCAGGGUCUGGCUCUGGGGGAUCUCUGCCUCACAGACGGUGUAGUGGGUGGGCCCGGAGGUCUGGUCCCGAGGCCUCCUCACCUCAAACCUCCCGACUACAGCGUGGCGCUGCAGAGGAGCAAACUGCUGCAGAGCCCCGGAGCAGCAGGAAGUUUGGCUGAAGCACGGAGGCUGGCCGGUAACCAUCAGAGCUACUCCAGACCGCCCAGCAUCUGCCUCCCACCGCAGGAGCUGGCCGACAGUGAGGAUGAUGAACAAGUGUCCGCGGUGUAAAGCUGGUGACGUCACGUAUUCCCUCUCGUGGACCAGGUCACGUGGAUCAGGCUUUGGACUAAGUUAGCAGCCUGCGGUCACUUCCUGUCAGAGCACAUUCUCCACGCCCCUCCCCUUACAGAUCUUUGUGUGAUGCCACCAUGGACCAUAAUGCACCUCUGAACCUCACCUGUGGGUUCAUGUUACCGCUCUCUCCAACCCCCCAGGACUCAUCGUGUUUUUAAAAAAACGUUCAACAAAUCAAAGACGAAAAGCAAGAUUUCGGCCUCCUUGGAAACAGACCACCACGUACCUCCAUUCUGUGCUCCCACCUCUCUUGUCUCUUAGCCUGUCACAGUUUUGACAUGUUGUACAGCGAUUUUUUUCUCUGUAUAAAGUUUUUUCUUCUUCUUUUCAUUUGCAUCUUUGAGCUUUCCAGAGUUUUUAUAUGAGAACAGCGAGGAGGAGCAGACAAAGGGAUUGAACGUUUUAACGACACAACGCUCGUCUGACUUUUUUUGAUUUCGAUUUUCUCUUUAUUAUUGUCGGCUCUGAGGAAGAUGAAUGGAAAUGAAUACGAGACAAGACAAUGACUGAUAUUGAGAUUCAUGGCCUGCCUGGCACCGAUGAUGUAAAUGUACAUGAAUAACAUCAGCUCCAAUGCACAAAUACACCAACUUUAUUUUCCCAAAACCAACACGUGAGGUCAGGAAAGACCUCAGGUGCCAUAAAGACCCCCCCCCCCCCCUCCUCACAUUCUCCACUCCACUUUUUGGAGAAAGGAAACACAACUAACAGAGAGCACGUCUGUUUGUGUUUAGCACUUAUUGUACUUUGUUGAGCUUUUAUAGCAAAAAAUAAGAACCAAGACAAGCAGCAUCUCUCAGGCCGUGCUCUCCGCUCACCUCUCUUAUUGCCUGUCGGUCUGAUGCGAGGUACUUUAGCCGCAUGCCGCCUCCUGGAUGUUCUAUAAAAAAUAAAACUAUCGUAACUCCUCUUUUUUUUAAUGAGCUGAAGAACAAACGCCUCGCUGCUUCCCGUAGAGUAAAACACGUGCCGUUAUUUUUAUUGCCGGAGCUAUGACAGAAACCAUAAAGUCGCACUGAGUGGCCACACAACGUGCAUGCGUACACACUCUCACACACACACACUCACUGAACAUGUAGUUGGUGUGCGUCAAAACAGAAAGAGGACGGUGUUUACACAGAUUGCUUACACAUUUUGUUUACAGUGUCUAUUAUUGGACUUGUCGUCUAUUGAAUUACUGGCUGAAAUGUUAGUUCUACAGGUUAAUUUUGAAAGUGUACAUUUGUUUAUAAUGCAGCAGGAAUAUGCAUAAGCAGCGUAAACGUGGACCACGUGCUCACAGUGAACCUCUCUUAUCUCUUCUGGUUGUUUUUUGUUGUUUUUUUUUUGCUUCAGGAUGUAUAAUUUUUCUCCUCAUGAUGUAUUUUAAUGCUCCGGCUCGCUCAUUCCCUGUUGAUAGUAGAAUAUUUAAAGGAUGUGCUUGAGAAUUGCUUGUGCUUGAACCUAGUUUACUUGUGUUGACAUUCAGAGCAACGUUUGGGGAAAAAUGUAUUUUUCUGUGUUGAUCAGCGCUGCAGCAGGGGGUGUAACUGGAAAAGGUUCUUUUCCUCGCUUCUUAUCUUUUUGUUUUGCCACACAAAGACUUGAAAUGAUUAUUGCUAAUAUAUUUAAGGCAAAUAUAUAUAUAUGAAUUUAUACAUAUAUAUUUUUGUUGGUUCUCUGCCAUAAAUUAAUGUCAAGUUAUCAUGUAUAGAUGAGAGUCCUCUAUAAAUGCUAUUUUUAAACAUUUUGUUAUGAAAAAUGAUCCGUGGCUGUGAUCGCCCUCCUCCUGUCUGUGGGCCGGAGUCUGAAAAGGAACUUUUACUUUACUCUUCUUGCUCCUCUUUUUUUUUUGUCCCCUCACUCUCUGUUGUUGGUGCCAUUUCUGAAAUGUCUAAAAGUGAAAUUGCUGGGGGGGGGGGGGG